GAUUCCGUGGCGUGCAACGAGUCAACGAGUCCCCGGCUUGCCGCUCUACUCCGGUGUCGACAUGGCGAUAAGUUGUUAGGAUUUCUGUUCGCUUCGUCAGCUCGUAUCUUGCGUACCCGGAACGAUCGUUGGCGGUUGUAAUUUUGAAUUGAUUUUCCAAAUUUCGUCGUAAGAGGGUGUGCGGCUGAUAGGGGAGAAGAUCGACCAGCUGAGUUUUGGUCGCCGAAUUAUUCGCAGUUCUGUGUCGGUUCUCGGUGAGAAAGGUUCGCUCGACGCUUCGCCCCUGGCUCUCCGCGAUUCUUGGUGUUAACAGUUCAGUGCAACGGCUAGCCUUAAUUACGAUCGCCAGUGUUAUAUAAUUCUGGUUGUUAAUUACGCUAAUGUAACGUGAUAAAAAGCAUUUGUACCUGCUUUUUAACACCCGGACUUUUCACCCAAGCGUCGUAAGGUUCGGGCAACAUGUUGUUAGAUAUUUAUUUUAUAUUUGUUUUAACAUUUAAAACUAUUAUGGCUAUGCGAGGAACAGAGGUAGUAACACAUUUGUUUAUAUUUUUUGUAUUUGCUGAUGGUAUCGAUUGGCGAUAUCAGUUGGACCUCGCAGCCAUCAGUUGACGCUCAGCCUUCGCAUCAUCAACCGCUAACCUGUCAAUCGGCAUUGCAAAACCCUACUGAAUAUUCGACUGCAGCUGGGCGUGAUUUUGCUCGCUAUCGCAAAAUGACCGACUUUGAUCAGCCCAAGUCCGAUGAACCCCGAACAAAUCUCAUUAUCAAUUAUCUACCCCAAAGUAUGACUGAAAAAGAACUCUACAGUAUGUUCGUUACCAUCGGACCAGUCGAGUCUUGUAGGGUCAUGAAGGACUACAAGACGGGGUACAGUUAUGGCUUUGGAUUUGUCAACUAUGCAAAGGCGGAUGAUGCUGCAACGGCAAUCGCGACGCUCAACGGACUGCAAGUUCAAAAUAAACGCCUCAAAGUUUCCUUGGCCCGACCCUCCGGCGAAGAGAUCAAGGAGACCAAUCUCUAUGUGACCAAUCUUCCCAGAAACAUAACUGAGAGCCAGAUUGACAACAUAUUUAGUAAAUAUGGGCAAAUUGUUCAGAAAAAUAUCUUGAAAGACAAGCUGACAGGUUUACCACGUGGAGUUGCAUUUGUCAGGUUUGACAAACGUGAAGAGGCUCAGGAAGCAAUCAAUGGUCUACAUGGGACGAUACCUGAAGGAGGCUCCGAACCACUCUGUGUCAAAAUUGCUGAAGAACACGGGAAACAAAAGGCCGCGUAUUAUGCUGGCUGGCAGGCAGGCUACAACCAGAGUCGGGGUGGAGGUCGAGGUGGACGAGGCGGUGGUAGCAGCGGGUCAGGUGCGACGAUGACUGGAUCUAAUGGACCAGGAGUGCUGGGGAGAGGAGGGAGCUUUGCGCCGAGAGGUGGACACCAUACGGGAGGAUUCAUUGGUGGGGGUCCUGGUGCAAUGCGGAUGGAAAAGAUCCACCCGCAUCGGUUCAAUCCUAUAGGAAUGGGCGGCGGCUACGUGCAACCUCAUUUCUGGUGAUCUGCUAUAACAGAAUAUUUACCGUAAUCAGUUUAGGUUUGCUAUGGCAUUCUAUUUACAACAAUAAUCAAUUACCCUAAGAUCAUUGUCCUGGUUAAGAUGAUUCAACAGUUGUUUCAAGUUUUAGUGUUUACUGAUUAAGAAGAUGUUUGUUGUACAUUUCAUUUUAAAUUUCACCGACUUUGAGCAUUGGAUUUUUAUCGAUUUAGUUUAAGAUGGUGUUACCAUGAUAGGUAGGCCAAGGGUAUAUGCAUAAAUUGAAUAGCCAUGUGCAGUUUCCAUAAUUUACAUAGUUAGAUGUAAAGUUCGAUUACCAUGCGGCUUUCGCUGCUUCAUAAUCCAUGGUUUAAUAUACCUAAUAAUAUUUUUUUUUUUUUCAAUUUCACACAGAAAUCUAACAGCUCAGCGUAACGAGGAAGGAAAAUAAACACAAUAAUCUUAGUUUACUUUUAAUAGAAAAUUUCACAUGAAUCUUAAAAUUUUAGUUUUGUUUUCCUACAUGUGAUGUCCAAUAAAAAUGUGUCGAGCAUUUGAUCUAAGAAUAUGUGCAUGUAAGUGCUAUUUUUGAAUCAAUUGUUGCUAUAUUUUAAUAAAAAAAUUUUAAUCCGAACUGCAAAAAGAUGAAACUUACCCUCACAGCAUCGUAACUACAUAUUUAUUGCAAUUCACACAACUUUUUGAGUGAUCGUUUGAUUGACCAACCAAUAAUCAGUUUACCUAACAGACACAAACAUGAAUAAUAUUCCGUUCUAGAUGGCUUUUAAACUGCAUAAUGAACGAAAAUUGGCGAGGAUGAAAUGGUUGUAGUUUUGUUAUUAUUUAUUAAUUAGCAAAGAUUUUAAAUGGGAAUGGCAGACUGUUCUUCAGCUUUGCUAAAUCUAUGUUAUCCUCAGAUAGAAGAUAGGAGUUGUACGACGCAAUUAAUUUGACAUGAUUUUUUCACAUCACCUUAUGUAAUGUGUAAGGAAAAUGAAACAAUGUACCGUUUCUACACAGAGAGUUAUGUAUUUGUGCAUUGACUCUUGGUCUGCUUUGUUUAUUAUAAUUUACUUUGGCUGUAACAACGAAAUGUACAAGUGAAAACUACGAUACCGCGUACAAGUGUAAAACUAUGGUACAGUGUAAAAGCCUGACUGUGUGUUUCAAAGAAAAUUAUUUGUUUGAUUGACAAUGAGAAGUUGAGAAAAAGUAUGAUUCCGCAUGUGUUCAAAUGUCUCUUGGCACAUGUCGUAAAUUUGCGAAUAAAUCGAAAUUACAAUUACUGGUGGAUUCUUAUCCCCUUAUAUUACUGUACGAUGCGUAAAUUUGCUAUAUAAUAAUUGUAAAUAAAGGUUCCUCAAGUACAGUUGCAAAAUAAGCGCAGUUCAUCUAACGAAACACUUCAAGAUGAAAUUGGUACUUUGUCAACUAAGCUACGCCAAUGCUGAGAUGUGACAUUGGCAUAAAAAAUAAAAUGAAA